AUGACAACUGAAGUGAGAACGUUUGCAGUCCCUCAGCCCCUCGGUCAGACUCUUGCUCUCGGAGCUUCGUCAUUCGAAAGCACGCCACGGACUUUUGCAGAUAAUACCCUCAAGCCCCAAGACUUGCGCAAAGACACCAACACUCCGCCUUCGGACUCGGAGAGGCGGCCCUCCGUCUACACCAAGUUCCCAAUGUCGAGCGACUCGGGCAAGGGCGGCGUUACCUUUGCCAGCCAAGACAAGCUACCCAAGCUUCCCAUUCCGGAGCUCGCUUCCUCAUGCCGCAGAUAUCUCGAGGCCCUGAAGCCUCUACAGACUGCACGUGAACAUGCCGAUACACAGCAGGCUGUCGACGAGUUCCUGCGACGAGAUGGUCCAGAGCUGCAAGAGAAGCUCAAGAGCUAUGCUCAGGGCAAGACUAGCUACAUUGAGCAAUUUUGGUAUGAUUCAUAUCUCAACUAUGACAAUCCUGUUGUCCUCAACCUGAACCCCUUCUUCCUGCUCGAAGAUGACCCCACACCAGCUAGAAACAACCAGGUUACGCGUGCCGCGUCGCUCGUCGUCUCAGCACUCGAAUUCAUUCGUGCAGUCAGAAAGGAGGAGCUCCCUCCUGACAUGGUCAAGGGCACUCCCCUUUGUAUGUACCAGUUCUCUCGCCUCUUUGGCACUGCUCGUGUUCCCACCGAGGCCGGCUGCCAGAUUGAGCAGGAUCCCAACUCCAAGCACAUGGUUGUCAUGUGCCACGGUCAGGUGUACUGGUUCGAUGUUCUUGAUGACAACUCGGACGCCAUCAUGACCGAGCGCGACAUUGCCGUCAACUUGCAGACAAUCAUUGACGAUGCUGUUCAAACCCCCAUUCAGGAAGCCGCCAAGGGUGCUGUUGGUGUACUGAGCACAGAGAACCGAAAGGUCUGGUCCGGACUGAGAGAUGUUCUGACCCGAGAGCCUGAAUCCAACAACGCCGACUGCCUGAAUAUCGUUGACUCCGCCCUCUUCGCCCUAUGUCUCGACUACAGCGAACCCACCAGCGUCGCUGAUCUCUGUCAAAACAUGCUUUGCGGCACUAGCGAGGUCAAGAAUGGUGUCCAGAUUGGUACCUGCACAAACAGAUGGUACGACAAGCUACAGAUUAUCGUUUGCAAGAAUGGCAGUGCCGGUAUCAACUUUGAGCAUACGGGCGUCGAUGGCCAUACCGUUCUGCGUUUCGCCAGUGAUGUUUACACGGAUACGAUCCUUAGAUUUGCUCGCUCCAUCAACGGCCAGGCCCCUUCACUCUGGACAUCAACCAGCCCCGAUCCCUCCAAGCGCGAUCCCGAAAGCUUUGGCGACGUCAACACUACCCCCCGCAAGCUGAGCUGGGACAUGAAGCCUGAGCUGAGCAUUGCUGUCCGCUUUGCCGAGACCCGCCUGGCUGAUCUCAUCGAGCAAAACGAAUUCCAGUGUCUGGACUUUGGCACUUACGGCAAGAACUUUAUCACUUCCAUGGGUUUCUCACCCGAUGCUUACGUUCAGAUGGCUUUCCAAGCAGCGUACUACGGUCUCUACGGACGUGUUGAAUGCACCUAUGAGCCCGCCAUGACCAAAUUUUACCUGCAUGGUCGUACCGAGGCCGUCCGCCCCGUGACUGACGAGUCUGUCAACUUUGUGCAAACUUUCUGGGGCGACAAUCCCGUCGACAAGAAGCUCGAUGCACUCAAGGCCGCCUGCCAGAAGCAUGUAGCCAACACGCGCACUUGUGCCAAGGCUCAGGGGUGUGACAGGCACAUGUACGCCCUCUACUGUGUUUGGCAAAAGUACGUCGACGGCUUUUACAGCGACAUGUCUAGCGGCGAGAGCUACGGCACCUCGAGUCCACGCGAUGCCCGGUCCGACAGCGAGGAGCCCUCUACCGCCUCCGAUGGCGGCGCCGUCGAAGUUUGCCGCCCUACGCGAGGGCGCGGCGACAGCACCGGCUCGCGCUCCCGCACCUCGUCCAACCAGGAGCUACCUCUGCUCUUUGCAGACAGCGGUUGGGACAAGCUUAAUACGACCGUGCUGUCCACGUCCAACUGCGGCAACCCGGCUCUGCGCCAUUUCGGUUUCGGACCUACCUCUGCUGAAGGCUUUGGCAUUGGCUACAUUAUCAAGGACGAGAGCAUCUCAAUCUGUGUGUCCUCCAAGCACCGCCAGACCAAGCGCUUCGUUGAUGCCCUCGAGAGCUACCUUCUCGAGAUUCGCCGCAUCCUGCGCCUCUCCGACCGCAAGUCCUCGACCGCCAAGGUCAGCCGGGCCCGCGAGGCCGAGUCUUCUCGCCCACACCAAUCGAGCACCUCGAGCCGCCUCAAGAACCGCGGGCGCCCGCUUAUCGGCACCGAGCACGUCAAGGGCGCCCACACUACCGCCGCCGAGGCGCACUCCCACUCUGCCCUUGACGACAGUAUGCCUGCCAGCGACGACGAUGAAUUAGGCGGAUACGGGUUCUUUGAUGCAGGCAUGCUUCUGCAGGCGCUCAAAGCUCGGGAAGCCACGGAGGCGCGCAAAACAGAAGCCGCUGCUGAGACUAUCGAGCAGCCAAAGCCUUCUGAGCGAGCGGCCGUGCAGGCGAGACGCCGCGGCGAUGUCGGUAAGAAGUUGCGUCUCGCUGAAUAG